AUGCGUGCUCUCUUCGUCUCUGUACUCGCGUGCCUCAUGGCAUGCGCUACUGCUCAGACCUUCCAACGACUGGGAGGCUGCCCUGACCUGGGCUGCAUCUUCCCACCUGAUCAGGUUGACUUCCUUGCUGGCCAAUUCUUCGAUAUUCGUCUCGAAGUCCAUUCGCCUAUCAACGGGUCUGAGGCGCGUGUUGGCGAGCCAGAUCCCAAUUUCAGUUUCACCAUCUCCAAAAAGGGUGGCAAUGCCGUCUCUGCUACCGAGCAAGACAUCUCUGCCCUUGUGCUUACUCUUUUGAGAAGACCUGAACUGACUCGGACAGACCUUUUCGCUCAGGAUGCCGAAAAGCCCUCUCUCGUCAAUGUCACUGCCAAGGCCUACAGACGGGUUGCUCUCUACGAACCUGGUGACUACGAGGCUACCUUGACCUACUAUGGAACUCAGAAGACUGUUGCCAACUGGCACGUUCGUGAUCUGCCCACCAAGCGGCGUGCCAAGAAUGUUAUCCUCUUUAUCGGAGAUGGCAUGACUACCAACAUGAUCACUGCUGCCCGUUUGAUGGCUCACCGUAGCAUUAAUGGCAAGUACAUGACCAAGAUGGCACUGGACAAGUUUCCCGUGUUGGGCCACCAGAUGACCCACUCCAUGGAUUCAUUCAUCACCGACUCGGCCAACUCUGCAACAGCCUUAUACACCGGUCACAAGAGUACCGUCAAUGCCCUCAAUGUCUACGUUGACUCCUCCAAGGAUCCCUUCGACGACCCCAAGUUUGAGAUCAUUACUGAGAUUUUCCGACGCCAUUUCCCUCACAGUGGCGUUGGUAUUGUGACCACAGCUUUCCUGGCUGAUGCCACCCCUGCUGCACUGACGGCUCAUACUAGCAAGCGAAGCGAGCUGGACCAUGUCAUUAGCGCCUACUAUGAUGGUGGAGUCAACAAUCUCAACUGGACUAACUGGGAUGGCCCUGAUGUAGUCCUCGGUACUGGUGCGGAGAAUUUCCUCCAGACUAAGGACGCCCCUCGCGACUACUACAAGCUCUUUUCUGAGAAGGGGUACAAUGUGGCCUGGAACAACACUGCCAUGCAGAACGCCCCCAGUGACGAGAAGCUCCUUGGUGUCUUUCAAACUAGCAACCUCGCUCUUUGGCUCGACCGCAACAUUUACAAGGAGAACCUCAACAACCAGAGCAACUACCCUGACGGCUCUGAUCGUGAUGCCACCGAUUUGCCGGGUCUCAAAGAGAUGACUCUGAAGGCAAUUGACGUGCUGCAGGAGCGACACGAUGACGAGGGCUGGUUCCUCAUGUCCGAGGCUGCCAGUAUUGACAAGCAAAUGCACACCCUGGAUUACGAUCGUGCGCUAGGUGAGCUUCUUGAGCUCGACGACACUGUUCGCGCAACCAUUGAGAAGCUCCAGUCUCUCGGUCAGCUCGAGGAUACUCUCAUCCUUGUCACGGCCGAUCACGGCCACGGCUUCGACGUCACCGGCUCCGUUGACACCAAGUACAUGAACGCCCAUCACGAUGAUCGUGAUAAGCGCAGGUCCAUCGGCAAUUACAGGGAAUCUGGUCUUUCACAAUACACCGUCGAUGGGCCCGACGCUUUGCAGUACUCAGACGGUGUGCACUUCCCUGCUCGCUGGGACCCCCGCUACACUCUGCACUCCGGUGUCGUUGCUUUCCCCGACCAUCGAGAGAACUACCAGGUUCACAGCGAAGGCCCGCGCCUUCCUGCUGACGAGGUAAAGGGCAAGAAGGACGACUUCUACGUCAGCUACAAGGACGCUGUCACCGGCUUCCUGAUUAACGGCACUUUGCCCGUUGAUGCUGACCAAGGAGUUCACUCGUUGACCGAUGUGCCGGUCUUCGCGCAAGGUCCCUGCCAGGAGCUGUUUGGUGGUGUCUACAACUCUAUUGACAUCUUCUUCCAUAUAGCUGAAUGUCUGGGCUUGUCCGAAACCCAGGGUGGGGCCGCAGAAAGCUGUGCUGCUCAGGGAGUGAAAGCCUAG